CUUCGCUUCUUUCUUCCUUUGGUUCACCUGCAACACCGCCGCUCGUACUAUCCCUCUUCGUUUCCUUGCAACUUAGCCCUCCUCAGCCGCCGGAGGCCAUCUCAAGUUCGACUCGAUCGUUUACUGAUUUCGGGAAAGAUGAGGCCGAUAUUGAUGAAAGGGCAUGAAAGGCCCUUGACUUUCCUUAAGUACAACAGAGAUGGAGAUCUCUUGUUUUCCUGCGCUAAGGAUCAUACUCCCACCGUCUGGUUUGCCGAUAACGGCGAGCGUUUGGGCACCUACCGUGGCCACAACGGUGCCGUUUGGUCCUGCGAUGUCUCAAGAGAUUCCACAAUGCUGAUUACGGGGAGUGCGGAUCAGACAGCGAAGCUGUGGAACGUUCAAACAGGAACACAACUGUAUACAUUCAAUUUUGAUUCUCCUGCUAGGUCUGUGGACUUAGCAGUUGGAGAUAAGCUUGUGGUGAUUACUAGUGAUCCCUUCAUGGAUGUCACUUCUGCAAUUCAUGUCAAACGCAUUGCCAGUGAUCCAUCUAAUCAGACUGGGGAAUCUGUGUUGAUACUUAAGGGCCCUCAAGGGAGAAUAAACCGAGCUGUUUGGGGCCCCUUGAACAGGACUAUCGUAAGUGCUGGAGAAGAUGCUGUAGUUCGUAUAUGGGAUUCUGAGACUGGAAAACUGCUUAAGGAGUCAGACAAGGAAACUGGUCAUAAGAAGACGAUAACAUCACUUGCAAAAGCUGCAGAUGGUUCACACUUCCUAACUGGUUCCCUGGAUAAAUCAGCAAAACUAUGGGACACAAGGACGCUUACUCUCAUCAAGACCUAUGUCACAGAACGGCCAGUCAAUGCUGUUGCAAUGUCUCCACUUCUUGACCAUGUGGUGCUUGGAGGUGGUCAGGAUGCUUCAGCUGUCACAACCACUGAUCAUCGUGCAGGGAAGUUUGAAGCCAAAUUCUAUGACAAGACCCUUACAGAAGAAAUUGGAGGUGUGAAAGGGCACUUUGGACCCAUAAAUGCAUUGGCUUUCAACCCUGAUGGAAAAAGUUUCUCGAGUGGAGGUGAAGAUGGUUACGUGAGAUUGCACCACUUUGACCCAGACUAUUUCAACAUCAAAAUUUAACUUUUUGGAGCUGUAUUCAGAUAUAGUUUUAGUGUGGAAGCCUUGUCAGAGAUUAGCAAGAAUCGAAACAAAUAGUUAAAACAGCAAAUAUGGCAAUGGGCUCUCUCUUUUAUUCUGUCGAGUGCAAUGUGAUAACCUUUAUCUUUCGCUUCCCCAUCGUGGGAUUAGAGAUUUGUAGGAGACAUGCACAUAUUUAUCCUUUUUGUUCGGCAUAUUUGAUGAAAUUCAGCAAUAUUGAGCAUUGUGAUUUGAAUCUCUCACCUUGUGAGAGAACGUGAUAUAAAAGCAUGCAUUUCUG